GACGGUGAUUGGACAACCUGAAGAUGAUGGCAGCUGUAGGCCAGGCCCUCAGCUCCACCGGAGACGCGGGUGAGACGGGCCGGACAUGGCGGCCGAGGACCCGCGGGCGGAGCUGGACGCGCUGAUCCUGCAGCUGCUCGGGGACCUGGAGGAGCUGGAGACGAAGCGGGCGGUGCUGAACGGCCGCGUGGAGGAGGGCUGGCUGUCGCUGGCCAAGGCGCGCUACGCCAUGGGUGUCAAGUCGGUGGGUCCCCUGCAGUACGCGUCCCACAUGGAGCCCCAGGUGUGCGUGUGCACCAGCGAGGCCCAGGACGGACUGCAGAAGCUGAGAGUGGUGCGCGCCGGCGCCUGGACCCCGGAGGAGGUGGGGCCCCGCGAGGCAGCAGCCCUGCGCCAGCGCAAGGGUCCCACUAAGACCCCGGAGCCGGAGCCCGAGACCACCACUCCCCCGCAAGACCCUCUCAACUGGUUCGGGAUCCUGGUUCCCCACAGUCUGCGCCAAGCCCAAGCCAGCUUCCGGGACGGCCUGCAGCUGGCGGCCGACAUCGCUACCCUCCAGAUCCGCAUCAGCAAGGGCCAGAAGCAGCUGCGGACACUCCAGCAGAGACUGCGGCCACCGGAGCCGGGCGCUGCCUGACGCGUGGCCACAGCUGUCCCCGGGCAGCAUCCGCCUUGCAGGCCGUGCAGGGCCUCCUCCUUCCUGAACAGCCCCCCUGCAUCCCCGGUGAAAGUGGCCCUGGUGUCAGUGUGGCCAGGCUGCAUUUGGUAGCGGGGCGGCUGCAGAAACUGUGCCUGUGGGGGAGCCACGGGUGGGUCAGCCGGGUGGUGAACACCUGCAGGCCCACCAUAGUCGGGGGAGAGCCGAAAGCCACACCUCACUGGGGCUGGGGCUGGGGCUGGGGGGACGAAGUGGACAGAGCCCUUCAUCCUCACAGGAGUGAGCCACCUGACCACUCCUGUCAGUGGAAUGGGGAAGAGCCCUUCUGGGCCUCUGGGCACUCGUGGAAGGGCCACUUCCGUUCCUUGUGGGGCUCCAGUAAUUUCUAAGAACUCUUACUUAUGGGGGAACCCUGUUCUUGGUCCACAGUAGAGCUGUCCCUACUUGCUCCCCAUUUGUCUCUGAAUGGUGAUGCUUUGUCUCUACGGUGUUGCUUUCUUUAAAAAAAAAAAUAUAUAUAUAUAUAUAUAUAUAUAAAAUAAAUACAUAUCCAACCACUCAGAACUGCGGAAUCACUAAGCCGGCCGCAGUGGCCAGGCUCCCAAGCCCCAGAUCUGCUCCAUGGACUUUGAGGGUCCAUUUCAAGCUGUUGCCCCACCGUUCCUGGGUUUAGGGUUUGGAUCUGGGCAUAUAGGAUCCGGAGCUGCAAGGCUGGGGUGGGGAGCACUCUCUUGCCUGUGUGGGUGGCCGAGGUCCCUGGCCACCUGCUGCCCCCAGGACACCUCACUAAGUCCUGAGCCUGCAGACGUCGCUGCCCCCUGGCAGGAGUCCUUUCCAAGCAGCGCUGAACCAGUAGGAGUCCAGUCAUUGCUUGGACCGCGAAUUGUCUAUGAACACGGGUCCCCGCGUCUGUGGAGUAGAGUGCACGUCGGCCGGCGCGCACCGUCUCAAGCUGGUUGGGGCAAAGCGAGGCGCGGUGGGCUCGCCCGGGCUGCAGCGUUCCCGGAGCGCAGGGCGCGCCGUACCCAGUGGGGCCGGCAGAGGGCGCGAGCUCCGGGGACGGACU